AUGCUAAAAAGAUGGUUGAGCGCAAGCAAGACGGGCAAGAAGAAGUCGGAGGACUCGGACGGUGCAUCGAGGUCUAAUAGCAAUGAAGUUGCUGCAGAUGAGAGGCUGCGUCCUAUAGUGAGUCUCGGUACGCUGAGCAGGUCAGAGGCGAGCUUAAACGAGCUGGGGAUGAUGGAUGGUUACAGUUUGGAGCAAUCGAGUCCGCAGAGGCCUGCACACUUCAUCGACGACGAUAACAUAAACCCUACAGAUCAGGUAAGCGACAGUAUGACAAAUUUCAAGUUUCUGAAUCCGAAAGUGGCUGUGGGGAUGCCCUUUGGGGAUGGUUCGAACAAGAUAUUCGGGUACGAGAACUUCGGUAACACUUGUUAUUGUAACUCCAUCUUGCAGUGCUUGUUCAAUUUAACAGAAUUUAGGAAUAGUAUAUUGCAGUUCCCAGAGCGGGCACCUGACGAACUUCACCUUCGCAAGACUGAAAUGCCGGGACGUAAAUUGAGAGUCUUCGAUGGCAGUUUUGCUUACGAGGGGAAGGGAACUACAUCGCAGGCGAAUGCUAACGUGGAGUGCAGUACCGACAAGGCUGGUAAAAGCAGACUGAAUAGUAAUGACAGUGGUGGUAACAACGCAGUACACAACAUGAAGCCCACUUGUGGCACGAAUAACAAUGACAGCAAUGCCAUCAAUGCUAACAGCAUAACGAAUAAUACCGAUAUCAAGUCUCCUUCUACCAGCAGGAAAUUGAUAUCCGGGCUGUUCAAAAGCAGUAAUAAAAGUUCAACAGACAUAGCUGCAAACCCAAUAGUCGCUGAAAGAUCGAUGUCGACACCAGUGCCUCUUAGGAUGAAAAAAUCGGUGAGUCCAGUAAUCAUAGGUAGGGAUAGCCCGUUGGAUUUAACAAAACUGGAAGUGACCAAAACUAACACUUCAAAUAGGUACAAACGAGUCAUUGUGGGAAGGACGUUGUCGGAAGAUCUGUCUGCGUCCUCCGCGAAUGCAGAUGGAAGUUGGGAUGCAGAUAAUGACCCUGCACUGGCAAAAAUGGAUUCCGAUAGAGAGACCACCAAUGAGCAAAGGAAGAGGAAUGCCUUGCUUAACGGACCGCUCCUCAACGUGGAUCACUGUAUCAAUGGGGAAGACAUAUCAAACCUGUACCACGGUUUAAAAGACAUAUUUGAGUCUAUCACAGAAAACAAUGCACUUACAGGUGUGGUAUCGCCCGUUAACUUCAUUGACAUAUUGAAGAGGGAAAAUAUCUUAUUUAAUACAAUGAUGCAUCAGGAUGCACACGAGUUUUUGAAUUUCCUGUUCAACGAUCUGAGUGAUUUCACAGACAAUUACAAUAGGAAACUCGCGGAUACUCGCGAUGUCCCCAACCAAUUGCGAUCCAAUUUUAUCAACGAUUUAUUCCAGGGGACGCAGACGAGUAAGGUGAGAUGUUUGACCUGUGACUCUGUCACGUCGCAUGAUGAACGGUUUUUGGAUUUCCCGAUCGAACUGGAGGACAGCAAAGACGCUGCUACAGAUAUCCAGGAGCAGCUGCGAGAGUUUUGUCAGACUGAACUGCUUCACGGGGCCAACAAAUUUUACUGUAACGAGUGUUGCGGGCUGCAAGAGGCGCAACGAGUCGUUGGGCUCAAGAAAUUGCCCCGCAUAUUGGCACUGCAUUUAAAGCGGUUUAAAUAUUCAGAAGCCCAAAACACCAACAUUAAGCUAUUCAACAAGAUCACGUACCCGUUGUUUCUGGAAGUUGCGUCCAAAUUUGACCCGUCCGUAAGCAAGAAGUACGAGUUGACGGGCGUGGUGCUGCAUAUGGGUGGUGGUCCACAGCACGGUCACUACGUCUCCGUUUGUAAAACGGACAACUUUGGCUGGCUAUUCUUUGACGAUGAAACCGUCGAGACGCUGGACGAGCCGCAGGUGCUUAACUUCACUGGGGACACGACAACUUCAACGACUGCAUACGUUCUUUUCUACAAAGAGACCGACGAGGGAGACGAUGAGUUUGGCAAAACGGUGACGCACAGUUCCGGCGUGGCCCCGGAGGCCCAAUUCAACGUCGACGCGUUGCUUAAAGAGGACUCGUACAGUAGACUCCGGGCCGCGAGAAUGUCCAACGAGGCCGUGGACGACGGCGAGGCGGAGGACACCUUCGAGGAGAACAACGACGACACUGUCAUUUUAGCGACUACGAGUGGACGCUCUGUUUCCUCUGGCAAGAUCGGGAGAAAGUCCAGAUUGUUCAGUUUCAUGAGCAGGAACUGA